GCAAAAUCUUCUCCCUCUUCGAUUCAUUCGAUUCGAUUCGCUCGUAGCAUUCCGAGCUACGCAAUGCGUUCUUAAUGGCGGUGUACAGAUCUCUCAGAGCCCUAAUCUCUGGGAACCCUAACAAAAGCAAGCUCUUCAGAACCAAAACCAUAGCCACUUUGUCCCUACUCUCUCCCCAUCGUUCCCGGGGUCUUCUCUCUCCCAUCCCAGCCUUCGAUGGCCCUCUUUUCCUUUCCUAUCCUCCAUGGAAGCUCUCUCAGUCCGCCACUCCUCUCUACUUCCAAUCUCACGUAGUCCCCUUCCCCCCCAAGUUCCCGCCUUUGAAUUUGCUUCGAGGGCGAAAUUUGCCCUUCACCUUAGGGCUCGCUUCGGUUAUUUCUGCCCCCGAUUUGUUGAAUCGGACCAUCGUGAAGGAAUUAGAUGGCGGGGAGGUAGGUGCAGGUGGCCAAGCUGGAUCUGCAGAGACCUUCUUGAACUUGCCGAACUUGAUCUCCAUAAGCCGUUUGAUCUCUGGUCCUUUUCUCGGAUGGAUGAUCAUGCAAGAAAUGUAUCUGCCUGCAUUUGUGGGGCUGGCUAUCUCUGGGGCAACUGACUGGCUUGAUGGACACAUGGCUAGGAAGAUGGGAAUCAAUUCUGUCAUUGGUUCUUAUCUUGAUCCCCUGGCUGACAAGGUUUUAAUUGGAUGUGUAGCUUUGGCAAUGGUAGAUGGAGGACUUCUUCACUCUGGACUUGUGGGACUCGUCGUGCUACGAGAUGUUGCACUCAUUGGUGGGGCGGUGUACAAAAGAGCUAGCAGUUUGGAUUGGGAAUGGAAAAGUUGGUUUGACUUCUUCAAUAUUGAUGGGAUGCGCCCUGAGAAGGUUGAGCCUCUGUUUCUUAGCAAGGUUAAUACAGUUUUCCAAUUGGUAUUGGUUGCUGCAGCUCUCCUUCAACCAGAACUUGGAACCCCAGAAACCCAGACAUACAUCACCAAUUUGAGUUGGGUGGUGGCUUCAACCACAGUAGCUUCCACUGCAGCAUAUGGGGCACAACAUCUGAGGAAGGGAUCCAUGACAAUGAAAAGGAAUCGGUAGCUGUAGCUUUUAGCUUAUUCUUGAGAAGAUCUUUCAUUGACCGAGACCGCUGUCGCUCUGGUUCCAUCGGUAAAACUGAAAUAAAAGGAGGCUUUUGGUUUCUUUGAUACAUAUGCUGUUAAACAUCAGAACCUUCUUCUCCUUCACUUUGUACAUUCCUUUGCCAGUGGCAGAUCAACUGGUGGACAGGCAGGUGCCAAUCCGAUCGAAGGCAAGAAGGGAUACCCAAUACCAUGAAAUUGCUGUGGGAGUGGGACCAAAUGACUUGAAGGUCCUAAAAUGAGAGAGAUUCUUGUGAAACCAUGCAAAGUCAUGUUUAAGUAGGAUCAUGACGAUGUAAGAAUUUAUUUACUGGUUUCAGCUUCAGGUUGAAACCAGAAGUAGGAUUGUAUUCUUGUUGCCGGGUAACAAAUAAGCUUGAAGCGUUGCCUUUUGGGGCAAUUGUCAUCUUUUCA